AUGAAAGAUAAAAACCCACCAAAGAGCUCAAUGAGCUUCGACCCUUGCUCUCAACGCAUGAUGGAUUCCGGCGAAGAAAUCGUAAUCUCUGGCAUCGCCGGGAGAUUUCCGGAGUCUAAUAAUAUGCAGCAUUUUCAAGAUAAUUUGUUUAAUAAAGUUGAUCUUGUCACUGAUGAUGACCGUCGUUGGAAAUUAGAUCACCCUGAAAUUCCGCAACGUACUGGGAAGAUAAACAACGUGGGUAAAUUUGACGCUUUAUUCUUCGGAGUUCAUUUCAAACAGGCUCAUACUAUGGAUCCGAUGUGCAGAAUGCUGAUGGAGCAUGCUUUUGAAGCAAUUGUCGACGCUGGUGUCAAUCCAAGACACCUGCGUGGUACUAAAACGGGAGUGACUGGUCCGAGUUACACCGUUGAUUCUGCUUGCAGUUCGAGUCUCUUUGCAAUGGAACAUGCUUACAGGGCGAUUCGUGUCCUGUCAGCAGAUGGUCGUUGCAAAUCAUUUGAUGCAGAUGCCAAUGGUUACACUCGAAGUGAAACUGUCAGUAUAGCCUUCUUGCAGAAAGCUAAAGACGCUAAACGUAUUUACGCAACAAUAAUUCACGGGAAAACCAACUGCGAUGGAUUCAAAGAGCAAGGGAUUACUUUUCCAUCAAGCGCUAUGCAGAGUGUGCUUCUCCACGACUUCUAUGAAGAAUGUAAAAUCCCACCGAGCAUCGUCAAUUACAUAGAAGCUCAUGGAACUGGCACCAAAGUUGGUGAUCCAGAGGAAGUUAAUGCGAUCGACAUUGUUUUUUGUCCCGGGCGCACAGAGCCGCUGAGAAUUGGAUCCAUAAAGUCUAAUUUAGGACACGCUGAGCCAGCAAGUGGAAUGUGUUCCAUCGCUAAAGUGGUGAUUGCCAAUGAAACGGGAAUUAUACCGCCGAAUCUCCAUUAUAAUCGGCCGCGUGAAGGAGUAAAAGCUCUGGAAGAAGGCAGAGUCAAAGUAAUAACAGAUCCAACACCCUGGGAAGGUGGAUAUGUAGGCGUGAGUUCCUUUGGUUUUGGUGGAGCCAAUGCUCAUAUUUUAUUAAAAUCAAAUCCUAUUGAGAAAGUCAACGGAGGAGCUCCAAAUGAUGAUUUGCCGAGGCUGGUUGUCGUCGAAAGCAGACCAAUUGACGUCGAAUACGUUCGACUUCUUCAAGACAUCUACACUGAAGACAUUCCUGGGCAUUUGUACAGAGGCUACACAAUACUAAGUCGCCAUACUACCAAAGAAAACCGCAUCAGAGACACCGAGCACUACCCAGGUGCCAAACGACCGAUCUGGUUCGUCUUCUCAGGCAUGGGAUCUCAGUGGCCUGGAAUGGGAACAGCGCUUCUCCGGUUUCCAGUUUUCGCCCAAGCAAUUAAAAAAUGUGACGCUGUAUUAAAACCCCGCGGGGUUGAUAUCUACGACAUCCUAACGAACCCAAACAAAUCAACCUUCGACAACAUCCUAAACUCUUUUGUGGGAAUCGCCGCUGUCCAGAUAGGCCUCGUAGAUCUUCUCACUUCUCUCGGCAUCGUUCCUGACCGUAUAAUCGGCCACUCCGUAGGCGAGCUCGGUUGUGCUUACGCCGACGGCUGCUUCACCGCCGAGCAAAUGGUCCUGGCUGCUUACUCUCGCGGCUUGGCUUCAAUUGAGACCAAGACUAUCUUCGGAUCAAUGGCAGCUGUAGGACUGGGCUACGAGGACGUCAAGGAUCUCUGUCCUCCAGACAUCGAGGUCGCUUGCCACAACGGACCCGAGAGCUCGACCAUCAGUGGACCCGCGGAGUCAAUGAAAGUCUUCGUAGCCAAGCUCCAAGCGAACAAAAUCUUCGCCAGAGAAGUUCCUUGCAGCAACAUCGCGUAUCACAGCCGCUACAUCGCGGAAGCUGGACCCAAAUUGCUGAAAUAUUUGAAGGAAGUCAUCCCAGACCCUAAACCCAGGAGUCCCAACGUUACUAAUAUUCCUCUUACUCAACGCGGUCACAAGGACAACGUUGAAGUUUUCCUCCAGGCAGUAGGAAAAAUCUACGACGUUGGUUAUCUUCCACAGAUCGCCAAUCUUUAUCCGGAUAUUAAAUUCCCAGUUUCUCGAGGAACUCCGAUGAUUUCACCGCUGAUAAAAUGGGAGCACUCUGACGACUGGUACGUGACGUCUUACAGAAUGCAGGAGAAGAUAACUUCAGGAGAAAGAACUGUUGAAGUGACUCUGAGCGAUGAAGACUAUGAGUACAUGUCGGGUCAUGUAAUUGACGGGAGAAAUUUGCUUCCUGCUACUGGAUACCUGGCACUUGUUUGGGAAACCAUAGGAAUGAUGAAAGGAGAAUUGUAUACUGAAGUUUCUGUAAUUUUUGAUAAUGUUAAAUUCCUUCGGGCGACGACUAUCCCCAAGGAGGGAAUUGUUGAAAUUACUCUGAUGAUCCAGAAGGGCACUGGCAGGUUCGAGGUUGUUGAAGGAGGAGCUGCUGUUGUUACGGGAUAUGUUCAUUACACUAACAAGCCGGCACUUGCUAAGCUGAACCCACCUCCUCCAGAAGAUGAAGAAGAAGAAAUGACUGCUAAGGAUGUUUAUAAAGAACUAAGGUUGAGAGGGUAUCAGUACAGCGGGUCUUUUAGGGGGAUUAAGAGCGCUUCGACUAGUGGGAUGAGGGGGAAAAUAGCUUGGAUUAAUAAUUGGGUCGCUUUUAUGGAUAAUAUGCUGCAGAUGCAGAUUCUUGAAAUGGACUCACGGGGAUUGUUUGUUCCUACGAGUAUUCAGAAGCUUGUUAUUGAUACCAAGACGCAUUUAAAUCAAAUUCGGGCUAUGCCGGAUGAUUUUCCGGUCUUUAGAAACAAAACUUUAGAUUUGAUAGUAGCAGGAGGAGUAGAGAUCCGUGGUCUUAAAGCCAGCGUGAUUGGUCGAAGAAAGCCGGCGGGUGAACCAGUCCUAGAGUCCUAUCAAUUCAUCGCUCAUCGAGACCGCUCUGAAAUGUCUCUGCAACAAGUUAUACGCGCAGCAGUUCAUCUAGCUUUGGAAAACCACCAAGAAAUAAAAGUAAAAACUUUAGAAAACUUGGAAGCAAAUGAAAAAUACCCAGUUGAAGAUUUGUUCACUCCGAUUCUUCAAGAAGUACUCGGCGAUAUUCCCCUUAUUCAAGCGGAUUUAAAUAUUCUUACCGAAAAUUCAUUUGAAGAAGACAAACUUCCUCAAAAUAUAAAUGUUACUGAAGCGAAAAAAUUACCACCGGAUGCCAAUGCUAUCAUUUUGACUGGUCGUGAUCUUUUGAGUAAAGAAAAAACCGCUUCUUUAUCUCAGCUGCUGUUUUCUCUCAAAGACGGAGGGUUUAUUCUAACCCUUGAAUCUAGUAAGAGCAGCGACUACUCCACUGCUGCUAAGCGACACAAUCUGGAUGUUCUUGUAGAAAAAGUCGUCGGUAGUUCUCUCUGUUUACUUUUGCGGAAACAAGACAAACUACCAAAGAAAUCAAUAAUUGUAACUAUUGCCAGCAAUUCAUUCAAUUGGAUCGAUGAAUUGAAGUCAAUUCUUGAGAGAGAAAAAGAAGGAGAGCUAAGUCACAGCCGCGUAAUUUUAGUAAGCGAAAAAAGCUUUGAAAGCGGGCUUUUAGGAUUGGUUAAUUGUUUAAGAAAAGAACCAGGCGGUGAAAUAAUCCGGGGUGUUUUAAUUCAAGACGAAAAAGCCCCCGACUUUUCUCUAUCUCUGCCACUUUACGGGGAUCAAAUGAAACUAGACCUUGCCCUGAAUGUUCUCCGACCAAACAAGACUUGGGGCUCUUACCGACACCUUCAACUUCCAGCAGUAGUUCCUCGGCCCGUUCAUCACGCCUGGGGUAACCAGCUCGUAAGAGGAGACAUGAGUUCAUUCCAGUGGCUCGAAGGACCCAUCCAACCUGGCUUCGAGCAUCCUGAUCUUGUGGACGUCGUUUACUCGGCAAUUAAUUUCCGGGACAUUAUGCUGGCCAGUGGCAAGCUCGCUGCAGAAAUAGUCGCGACCAACCGGGCUUUAGAAGAGUGUUGUAUCGGUUUUGAGUACAGCGGUAUAGAUCGGUAUGGAAAAAAAGUAAUGGGAAUAAUUCCGUCACGAGCUCUUACAAACAAAACUGUUAUCGAUCGGAAUCUUUCGUGGUACGUUCCUGAUGGAUGGACGCUUGAAGAUGCUGCUACAGUCCCUUGUGUCUAUGCUACUGUCUACAAUGCUCUGUAUAUCUUCGGUAAGAUGAAGAAAGGACACAAAAUUUUGAUCCACUCAGGAUCUGGAGGAACUGGACAAGCAGCCAUAACUCUUGCGCUAAAUGAAGGCUGUGAAGUUUUCACGACUGUUGGUACUCCUGAAAAGCGGAAGUUUAUUCGGGAUAAUUUCCCGCAAAUUCCGGAAGAUCAUAUUGGAAAUUCACGUGAUACUAGUUUUGAAACGAUGAUUUUGGAGAGGACAAAUGGACGUGGUGUUGAUAUUGUUUUAAAUUCGCUGGCUGAUGAUAAGCUUCAAGCAUCUAUUAGGUGUCUAGGAAACUGUGGUCAGUUUUUGGAGAUAGGAAAGUUCGAUAUGGUCAAUGACACGCCAAUUGGUAUGGCAAUGUUCUUGAAAGAGAUCAGUUUUCAUGGAGUACUUUUGGACCUUGUAUUUAAUGCUCCUGUGGAACGUAAGAGAGAGCUGAGAGAUUUCCUGCAGAAAGGAUUAGACAGUGGUAUUAUAAAGCCUUUAACGAGAACUGUCUUCCCGAAAGAGAAGCUAGAAGCUGCUUAUCGUUAUAUGGCGGCUGGUAAGCACAUUGGUAAAGUUGUAGUAAAGGUACUUGAUGAAAAUGAUCUUCAAAAUACAUUAAUACCUGGGUUGCCUCGUUAUCAUUGCUUUGAAAAUCGUAGUUAUGUUAUUCUUGGAGGUCUGGGCGGAUUUGGACUUGAGUUGGCUGACUGGCUGGUACUUCGUGGUGCUCGUAAUCUCGUUCUUACUUCACGUUCUGGUCUGAAAAAUGGUUAUCAACGCAUGCGAGUACGUUUAUGGAAAUCGUAUGGAGUUAAAGUAGAAAUAGUAGCUGGAAAAAAUCCCGCGAAUCAUCAAGAGUGUGAAGACAUAUUGAAACUGGCUGAAAAUCUAGCUCCAGUUGAUGGAAUCUUUAAUCUCGCAGUCGUUUUGAAAGACAGUUUGAUUGAGAACCAAACGCCUGAUACUUUCAAGGAGUCUUUCACAGCCAAAGCUUGGACGACUAAAGUCUUGGAUAAAGUUUCAAGAAUUGUCUGCCCAAAACUUCGACACUUUGUUGUCUUUUCAUCAGUCUCUUGUGGGCGUGGUAAUGCUGGGCAAUCGAACUACGGAAUGUCAAACUCUGUAAUGGAGAGAAUCUGCGAGAAGCGAGUCGCUGAAGGCCUUCCAGCUCUGGCGGUCCAGUGGGGAGCUGUUGGAGACGUUGGACUAGUCGCUGAUAUGCAAGAAGACAACAAAGAACUGGUGAUCGGUGGUACUUUGCAGCAAAGAAUAACCUCAUGUUUGCAAGAACUGAAUUAUUUCCUCAUGCAAAGCCAUCCCAUAGUUUCCAGUAUGGUUGUCGCUGAAAAACGAGCUGGUGGAGCUGGAGCUCUUAAUAUUGUUGAUACAGUACUUAAUAUCAUGGGUGUAAAGGAUUUGAAGACUAUCAGCCAUCAUACAUCUCUCGCAGAACUUGGUAUGGAUUCAAUGAUGGCCGUUGAAAUAAAACAAUCGUUAGAGCGAGAGUUUGAAGUAUACCUUACGGCUCAAGACAUUCGAGGCCUUAACUUCGCAAAGUUGUUGGAGAUGAACUCGAAAGAUCUCGAGAAGAAAGCCAAGAACCAAUCGGCUCCUCGAGAUACUGAAAUUCUUACAGGAAUGAAAUUAUUCAUACGAUUACUGGGAGAAGAUGUUGAGCUUUCGGAAACUUGCGUAAAAUUACCGACCAAAGAAGAAGCCGGAAGAAAUCAAGUAUUCCUUAUUCCUGGAAUUGAAGGGUUUGGAUCUGUUUUCUACAAUCUAGCAAGUAAAAUUAAAUCCCCUGCGACUUGCUUGCAAUUGCAUAACCCCAGCACUGAAUAUAUUUCCAUCUUUGAUAUGGCAAAACAAUUUUUACCACACGUUUUAAAAAGAAAUAAUGGUCGAAGAACCUUUGUAAUCGCAGCAUAUUCAUUUGGAUCUACAGUAGCAAUUGAAUUAGCCAGAUUACUAGAAGCUGAAGGAUUUAUUGGUAGGCUGGUACUUAUUGAUGGUUCUCCUGAGCUCAUGAAAGCCAUCAAAGAUCAACAGCUAUCAGCAUCCAGCGAUGAAGAACUAGCAACAAAUGUUCUCGUGGGUAUCAUGGAUUUAUUCGCGCCUUCAAUCAGCGGAGAGCUCUUCAUGGAAUUACAAAAGUGUAAAUCUCUGGAGGAAAAAUUAGAUGCAUUUGUCCAACGGAUACCAGAUGAAUUAUUGACUGUAUCUCGGGAAGAGCAGCGUAAUAUUUGUGCAGGGAUUUAUAACCGAUUGAUUGCUCUGCAAAAUUACGACACCUCAAACCUGACGCCUUUACGUUCGUCAAUUAUACUUCUAAAACCAUCAAUGCCUACUCUUAAAUCCGUCAGCGCAGAUUAUGGUCUCAGUAGUAUUACUCGUGAAAACGUCGAAAUUCACGUCGUAGAUGGUAAUCAUGUCACGAUAUUAGAUGAAGCUAAAAUUGCAACAGCAAUCAACGAUCACACAGAACUUCCUCCAUAUGGCGGAAAAAUAAGUAACUUGGAGAAAUUCGACGCUGAUUUCUUCGGUGUUAACUUUAAAGAUGCCCAUAGCAUGGAUCCAAUGAGUAGAAUGGUUCUAGAACACUCGUACGAGGCAAUUGUCGAUGCUGGUGUCAAUCCGAAACAUUUAAAGGGCUCCAACACUGGAGUUUUCUUCGCUACUUGCUACGUAGAGUCAGAGAAGGCUUUGAUUUACGAAAAUCCUAAAAUAAAUGCAAAGGGAAUUCUUGGAUGUAGCAAAGCUAUGUUAGCGAAUCGUAUUUCUCAUUGGCUAGGAGUCACUGGACCGAGUUACAAUGUUGACACUGCAUGCAGUUCCAGUUUCUUUGCUAUGGAACAUGCUUACCGAGCUAUUCGUGAUGGAAGGUGCGAUGCUGCGAUUGUAGGAGGAGCUAAUUUAUCUCUUCAUCCCUAUGUAACGCUGUCAUUUCAUCGUCUUGGUGUAUUGUCUGCUGACGGUCACUGCAAGUCAUUUUCUGAUGAAGCGAACGGUUAUGUCAGAAGUGAAACUGUCAGUGUAGCUUUCUUACAGAAAGCAAAAAAUGCGAAGCGCAUUUAUGCUACAAUAGUUCAUGGGAAAACAAACUGCGAUGGGUUCAAAGAGCAAGGAAUAACUUUUCCGUCAAGCAUUAUGCAAGGUGUGCUUCUGAAAGAAUUUUACGAAGAAUGCAAGAUUGCACCGAGUGCUUUAAAUUACCUCGAAGCCCAUGGAACUGGUACAGCAGUCGGUGAUCCGGAAGAACUCAAUGCAAUAGAUUCGGUAUUUUGUGCUGGACGCGUUAAACCGCUUAGGAUUGGAUCCAUAAAAUCCAAUUUAGGACAUGCUGAGCCAGCGAGUGGAAUGUGUUCUAUAGCUAAAGUUCUGAUUGCUAAUGAAACAGGAAUAAUAGCGCCGAAUCUUCAUUAUACCGGGCCACGCAAAGGAGUGAAAUGUCUUGAAGAAGGUAGGGUUCAGGUUAUUACAGAGCCGACACCUUGGGAAGGUGGAUACGCAGGUGUCAAUUCUUUUGGUUUUGGGGGAGCCAAUGCUCACAUUUUAUUAAAAUCGAAUCCUAUUGAGAAAGUCAACGGAGGAGCUCCAAAUGACGAUUUGCCGAGGCUGGUUGUCGUUUCCGGUCGAACUGAAGAAGCUGUUGAAGUUCUGCUUAACGAUGUUGAAACCAGACCACUUGACGCUGAAUAUGUGAGGCUUCUUCAUGACAUCCAUGCAGAUAGUAUUUCUGAGCAUUUAUACAGAGGUUACACUAUAGUGCGUCGUCGUUUAACUACGGCGAACCGUAUCAGAGAUAUUAAGCAACAUCGAGGUCUCGAAAGACCCAUCUGGUAUAUCUUAUUCGGUAUGGGGUCUCAGUGGCCAUCUAUGGGUACUGCCUUUUUACGUUUUCCGAUUUUUGCACAAGCUAUUAGAAAAUGCGACGCCGUAUUGAAACCUCGCGGAGUUGAUAUCUAUGAUAUUUUAACAAAUCCAAAUGAAUCAACGUUUGAAAAUGAUGUUAACUCUUUUGUCGGGAUCGCUGCUGUCCAAAUAGGUCUAGUUGAUCUUCUCACUUCUCUUGGAAUCGUUCCUAAACGUAUAAUAGGACACUCUGUCGGAGAACUCGCUUGCGCUUAUGCCAAUGGUUACUAUACGAUUGAGCAAACGAUCUUAACAGCUCACGCUUAUCAUCGUUCUGCGAGAAACAAUCAUCUAUUGGAUGAGGCACUAAUCAGAGAAGCAAUAGUGCGUAUUCCAAAUAAUGCUGUGACGAUAGAAAUUGGACCUCAACCUCAACUCCAAGAUGUCCUUAAGAAAACGGCUAAGCCUGGAGUAAUUAAUAUCGCUCUGACUAACCGCGAGAGCAAGGAUAAUGUUGAAGUAUUUCUUCAAGCAAUCGGCAAACUUUACAACCUUGGCUUUCAACCGCAGGUACAUAAACUUUAUCCAGAAGUAAAAUUCCCAGUGUCACGUAGCACGCCAAUGAUCUCUCCAUUAAUAAAGUGGGACCACUCCGAAGACUGGUAUGUCAUGUCAUAUAAAAGAGGAUCAAGAAUGAAGUCCGGAAAGCGGAUAGUUCAUGUUAAUAAGGACGAUGAAGAUUAUGAGUUUAUGACAGGUCAUGUGAUUGAUGGAAGAAAUCUUCUUCCUGCUACUGGAUAUCUUGCGCUAAUCUGGGAAUCCCUCGGAUUGAUGGUAGGAAAGUUGUACACAGACGUUUCGGUAGUUUUUGACGACGUUAAAUUCCUACGAGCUACAACUAUUCCCAAAGAAGGACACAUUGAGCUUGCAUUGAUGAUCCAACAGGGAACGGGUAAGUUCGAGGUCGUCGAAGGAGAAGUCGCUGUUGUUACUGGAUUUAUUCAUAUUGUUACUGAGCCAUCAAUGAUUAUGAUGAACCCAACGCCUCCGGAGAAUAAUGAGGAAGAAGAAAUGACCGCGAAAGAUGUUUACAAAGAACUUAAAUUGAGAGGAUAUCAGUACAGUGGUUAUUUCCGAGGAAUUAAAAGUGCUUCGACUAACGGUACUCGGGGUAAAAUAGCCUGGUUCAAUAAUUGGGUCGCUUUUAUGGACAACAUGCUGCAGAUGCAAAUACUUGAAAUGGACUCACGAGGAUUAUUUGUUCCAACGGGAAUUCAAAAGCUCGUCAUCAAUACUAAGGCACAUUACAAUCAAUUUCGAGCUCUGUCUGGAGAUGUUAAAGAGUUUCCAGUUUAUCGAUACAAAUCAUUAGAUUUAAUUGUAUCAGGGGGCGUGGAGAUACGUGGGCUCAAAGCCAGCGUAAUAUCAAGAAGAAAACCCGCUGGUGAACCUGUUCUAGAGUCUUACCAAUUUAUUGCUCAUCGAGAUUGUGCUGAAAUUUCUCUAAAUGAAGCUACACGCCUAGCAGCUCAUCUUGUUUUGGAAAACCAUCAAGAAAUAAAAGUCAAAACUUUAGAGAGCUUGGAUGCGGACGAAAAAUAUUCGGUUGAAGAUUUAUUCACUCCAAUCCUCCAAGAAGCGCUUGGUGACAUUCCUCUCAUUCAACCGGAGUUGAAUAUUCUCACAGAAAAUUCAUUCGAAGAAGGCAAACUGCCUGUUAAUAUAAAUAUCACUGAGAAUAAAAAAUUGACUCCCGAAACCAAUUCUACGAUAUUAUCUGGCCGUUAUCUUUUGACAAAAAAACAUGAGUCGUUGCCACAACUACUAACUGCUGUCAAAAACGAAGGAUUUUUAUUAACCCUAGAACCCAGAGGAAAUAAUACUGAUCUUUUUGAAGUAGCGAAGAAAUAUAAUCUUGACAUCAUUUUCGAAAAAGUCGUUGAUGACUCACUUUGCUUACUUUUAAGAAAACAAUCAAAAUCAUCACACAAAAUGGUAAUUGUCAAUGUGAAGAAUGAUUCAUUUGAAUGGUUAAAUGAAUUGAAGUCUGUAUUCAAGGGUGAAAAAGAACAAAACAACAAUCGCAUUGUUUUAGUCAGCGAAAAGCAUUUUGAGAGUGGAUUGCUCGGAUUAGUAACCUGUCUACGUCAGGAACCUGGUGGCGAAAUGAUCCGAGGAGUUUUGAUUCAAGAUGAACAAGCCCCGGAGUUUUCUCCGUCUUUACCACUUUACGCUGAUCAAUUGAAGUUGAAUCUUACCCUGAAUGUUCUACGAGCAAAUAAUACCUGGGGAUCUUAUCGGCAUCUCAAAUUAUCAGCAGUGACUCCUCAGCCUGUGUACCACGCUUGGGUAAACCAACUUGUGAGAGGAGACAUGAGUUCGCUUGCGUGGCUUGAAGGUCCAAUUAGACCCAAUUUCAUUCAUCCUGACCUCAUCGAUGUGGUUUAUUCAGCUUUAAACUUUCGAGAUGUGAUGUUAACCAGCGGCAAACUUGUCGCUGAAAUAAUCGCUAAGACUCGGUUUCUGGUGGAGUGCUGUAUUGGUUUUGAGUACAGCGGUGUGGAUCGAUAUGGUAAACGACUUAUGGGGUUAAUGGGAGCUCGAGCGAUUACCAACAAAGCCGUUGUUGAUCGGAAUCUUUCAUGGUAUGUUCCAGAAGGUUGGAGCCUUGAAGACGCCGCAACAGUCCCUUGUGUAUAUGCGACAGCGUACUACGCAAUGAUUUUCAAUGGCAAAAUUAAGAAAAGCGAUAAAGUUUUGAUUCAUUCUGGAACUGGAGGUGUUGGACAAGCGGCAAUCAUACUCGCACUUCACGAGGGAUGUGAAGUAUUCACCACAGUUGGCACUCCUGAAAAACUUCAAUUUAUUCGAGAUCAUUUUCCACAAAUUCCGGAAGAUCAUAUUGGAAAUUCACGUGACACUAGUUUCGAAACAAUGAUCUUGGAAAAAACAAAUGGACGUGGCGUAGAUAUUGUAUUGAAUUCGCUGGCUGAUGAUAAGCUCCAGGCAUCGAUACGGUGUUUAGCAGAAGGCGGAAGAUUCUUAGAAAUUGGAAAGUUCGAUAUGGCUAAUGAUACCCAUAUUGGAAUGGCUGCAUUCCGCAAGGGAAUCAGUUUUUUUGGUAUUUUAUUAGAUAAUGUUUUCGAAGCAACUAGUGAUAGGAAGCAAAUGUUGAAUGGACUUUUGCAGAAAGGUUUGGAUGAAGGUUAUAUAAAGCCUCUCCCAAGAACCGUUUUCUCCUCAGAUAAGUUGGAAGCUGCAUUUCGAUACAUGGGUGCUGGUAAACAUAUAGGCAAAGUAUUAAUCAAAGUACUGGACGAAAAAAAUUUACUGAAUACCAUUGUGCCAGCUUUGCCUCGUUAUUAUUGCCUAGAGAAUUGUAGUUACGUUAUUCUUGGAGGUCUGGGCGGAUUUGGACUUGAGUUGGCUGACUGGCUGGUACUUCGUGGUGCUCGUAAUCUCGUUCUUACUUCACGUUCUGGUCUGAAAAAUGGUUAUCAACGCAUGCGAGUACGUUUAUGGAAAUCGUAUGGAGUUAAAGUAGAAAUAGUAGCUGGAAAAAAUCCCGCAAAUCAUCAAGAGUGUGAAGAUAUAUUGAAACUGGCUGAAAAUCUAGCUCCAGUUGAUGGAAUCUUUAAUCUCGCAGUCGUUUUGAAAGACAGUUUGAUUGAGAACCAAACGCCUGAUACUUUCAAGGAGUCUUUCACAGCCAAAGCUUGGACGACUAAAGUCUUGGACAAAGUUUCAAGAAUUGUGUGCCCAAAACUUCGACACUUUGUUGUCUUCUCAUCAGUCUCUUGCGGGCGUGGUAAUGCUGGGCAAUCGAACUACGGAAUGUCGAACUCUAUAGUGGAGAGAAUCUGCGAGAAGCGAGUCGCUGAAGGCCUUCCAGCUCUGGCGGUCCAGUGGGGAGCUGUUGGAGACGUUGGACUAGUCGCUGAUAUGCAACAAGACAACAAAGAACUGGUGAUUGGUGGUACUUUGCAGCAAAAAAUAACCUCAUGUUUGCAAGAACUGAAUAACUUCCUCAUGCAAAGCAAUCCCGUAGUUUCCAGUAUGGUUGUCGCCGAGAAACGCGCUGGUACUAACGGUCCUCUUAAUGUCGUUGAAACCGUGCUCAAUAUUAUGGGUCUCAAGGACCUGAAAAGUGUCAGCCAACACACAUCUCUCGCAGAACUCGGAAUGGAUUCAAUGAUGGCUGUCGAAAUAAAACAAUCGUUAGAACGUGAGUUCGAGAUAUUCCUAACAGCGCAAGACAUUCGAGGACUCAAUUUUGCCAAGUUAAUAGAGAUGAGCUCAAAGUCAAAUGACCUUGAAUCAACCCCCAAAAGUGAACCAACUCCUCGAGAUACUGAAAUUCUUACAGGAAUGAAGUUAUUAAUACGAUUACUCGGAAAGGACGUUGAGCUUUCGGAAACUUGCGUGAAAUUACCGACCAAAGAAGAAGCCGGAAGAAAUCAAGUAUUCCUUAUUCCUGGAAUUGAAGGGUUUGGAUCUGUUUUCUACAAUCUUGCAAAUAAAAUUAAAUCCCCAGCGACUUGCUUGCAAUUGAAUAACUCCAGCACCGACUAUAUUUCCAUCUUUGAUAUGGCAAAACAAUUAUUACCACACGUUUUAAAAAGAAAUAAUGGUCGAAGAACCUUUGUAAUCGCAGCAUAUUCAUUUGGAUCUACAGUAGCAAUUGAAUUAGCCAGAUUAAUAGAAGCUGAAGGAUUUAUUGUUAGGCUGGUACUUAUUGAUGGUGCUCCUGAGCUCCUGAAAGCCAUCAAAGAUCAACAGCUAUCAGCAUCCAGCGAUGAAGAACUAGCAACAAAUGUUCUCGUGGGUAUCAUGGAUUUGUUCGCUUCUUCAAUCAGCGAAGAGCUCUUCAUGGAAUUACAAAAGUGUAAAUCUCUGGACGAAAAAUUAGAUGCAUUUGUCCAAAGGAUACCAGAUGAAUUCUUGAAUGUAUCUCGCGAAGAACAUCGUAAUAUUUGUGCUUCGAUUUACAACCGCUUGAUUGCAAUGCAGAAUUAUGAGACAUCAAACCUGGCGCCUUUACGUUCGCCAAUUAUCCUUCUGAAGCCAUCUAUGCCUACCCUGAAGUCUAUCAGUGAAGAUUACGGUCUCGGUAGCAUUACUCGAGAAAAUGUAGAAGUUCGCGUGGUCGAGGGUAAUCAUAUAACGAUACUAGAUGAACCUAGUGUCGCUACAGCAAUUAACGGCGAAACGCUUGAAGAAACGGAAAACAUGGAGAAUGCAGGUGAAAAUAUCGUAAUCUCAGGUCUCGCUGGAAGAUUUCCCGAGUCCGAUGACUUGAAACAUUUUAAAGAAAAUUUGUUUGAUAAAAAAGAUCUGAUAACUGAAGAUGAUCGUCGCUGGAACUUGGAUCACCCUGAAAUUCCAACGCGUUUUGGAAAAAUAAAUAACCUGGAAAAAUUUGACGCAGACUUCUUCGGUGUUCACUUCAAAGAGGCUCAUAGUAUGGAUCCAAUGGGUAGAUUAUUUUUGGAGCAUUCAUACGAAGCUAUUAUUGAUGCAGGUGUUAACCCGAAACAUUUAAAAGGCACCAAUACUGGGGUUUUCUUCAGCGCUUGCUACUCAGAGUCUGAAGUCACAUGGGUUUAUGCAGAUCAAGAUGUAAAUGGACUGGGAAUGCUUGGAAGCAGCAAAGCUAUGCUAGCAAAUCGAGUUUCACGCUGGCUGGGAGUUACUGGACCAAGUUAUAAUGUCGACACUGCCUGCAGCUCGAGUCUUUAUGCGAUGGAACAUGCUUAUCGAGCUAUUCGAGACGGAAAAUGUGAUGCUGCUCUUGUAGGAGGAGCUAAUUUGCUUCUUAAUCCUUAUUUAUCUCUGUUGUUUGCACGACUUGGUGUAUUGUCCGCUGACGGUCGAUGCAAGUCAUUUACUAAUGAAGCGAACGGUUAUGUCAGAAGUGAAACUGUUAGUGUAGCAUUCUUGCAAAAAGCAAAAAACGCGAAGCGCAUUUAUGCUACAAUAGUUCAUGGGAAAACAAACUGCGAUGGGUUCAAAGAGCAAGGGAUAACUUUUCCGUCGAGCAUGAUGCAAGGUACGCUUCUGAAAGAAUUCUACGAAGAAUGCAAGAUUGCACCGAGUGUUUUGAAUUACCUCGAAGCCCAUGGAACUGGCACAGCAGUUGGUGAUCCAGAAGAACUCAAUGCUAUCGAUAGAGUAUUUUGUAAAGAUCGGAAAGUACCGUUGAGAGUCGGAUCCAUAAAAUCCAAUUUAGGACAUGCUGAGCCAGCGAGUGGAAUGUGUUCUAUAGCUAAAAUUGUCAUUGCUAAUGAAACAGGACUAAUAGCGCCGAACCUUCAUUAUACCGGGCCACGCAAAGGAGUGAAAUGUCUUGAAGAAGGUAGGGUUCAGGUUAUUACAGAGCCGACUCCGUGGGAAGGUGGAUUCGCAGGUGUCAAUUCUUUUGGUUUUGGGGGAGCCAAUGCUCACAUUUUAUUAAAAUCGAAUCCUAUUGAGAAAGUCAACGGAGGAGCUCCAAAUGACGAUUUGCCGAGGCUGGUUGUCGUUUCCGGUCGAACUGAAGAAGCUGUUGAAGUUCUGCUUAAUGAUGUUGAAACCAGACCACUUGACGCUGAAUAUGUGAGGCUUCUUCAUGACAUCCAUGCAGAUAGCAUUUCUGAGCAUUUAUACAGAGGUUACACUAUAGUGCGUCGUCGUUCAACUACGGAGAACCGUAUCAGAGAUAUUAAGCAACAUCGAGGUCUCAAAAGACCGAUCUGGUAUAUCUUAUCCGGUAUGGGGUCUCAGUGGCCAUCUAUGGGUACUGCCUUUUUACGUUUUCCGAUUUUUGCACAAGCUAUUAGAAAAUGCGACGCCGUAUUGAAACCUCGCGGAGUUGAUAUCUAUGAUAUUUUAACAAAUCCAAAUGAAUUAACGUUUGAAAAUGAUGUUAACUCUUUUGUCGGGAUCGCUGCUGUCCAAAUAGGUCUAGUUGAUCUUCUCUCUUCUCUUGGAAUCGUUCCUAAACGUAUAAUAGGACACUCUGUCGGAGAACUCGCGUGCGCUUAUGCCAAUGGUUUCUAUACAAUUGAACAGACGAUCUUAACAGCUUACUCUUAUGAUCUUUCUGCGAAACACAAUCAUCUAUUGGAUGCGGCACUAAUCAGAGAAGCAAUAGUGCGUAUUCCGAAGAAUGCUGUGACGAUAGAAAUUGCACCUCAACCUCAACUCCAAGAUGUCCUUAAGAAAACGGCUAAGCCUGAAGUAAUUAAUAUCGCUCUGACUAAUCGCGAGAGCAAGGAUAAUGUUGAAGUAUUCCUUCAAGCAAUCGGCAAACUUUACAACCUUGGCUUUCAACCGCAGGUACAUAAACUUUAUCCAGAAGUAAAAUUUCCAGUGUCACGUAGCACGCCAAUGAUCUCUCCAUUAAUAAAAUGGGACCACUCCAAAGAUUGGUACGUUAUGUUAUAUAAAUUACAGACAAAAUUAAAAUCUGGGGAACGAAUAGUACAGGUAAAUAAAAUUAAUGAGGACUAUGAGUUUAUGACAGGACAUGUGAUUGACGGAAGAAAUCUUAUUCCGGCGACUGGAUACCUAGCGCUAAUCUGGGAAACGAUCGGACGGAUGAUGGGAAAGUUGUACACAGACGUUUCGGUAGUUUUUGAAGACGUUAAAUUCCUACGAGCUACAACUAUUCCCAAAGAAGGACACGUAGAGCUUGCAUUGAUGAUCCAACAGGGAACGGGUAGGUUCGAGGUCGUCGACGGAGAAGCCGCUGUCGUUACUGGAUUUGUUCAUAUUGUUACUGAGCCAUCAAUGAUUAUGAUGAACCCAACGCCUCCGGAGAAUGAUGAGGAAGAAGAAAUGACCGCGAAAGAUGUUUACAAAGAACUUAGAUUGAGAGGAUAUCAGUACAGUGGUUAUUUCCGAGGAAUUAAAAGUGCUACGACUAGCGGUACUCGAGGUAAAAUAGCCUGGUACAAUAAUUGGGUCGCUUUUAUGGACACCAUGCUGCAGAUACAAAUACUUGAAAUGGACUCACGAGGAUUAUUUGUUCCAACGGGAAUUCAAAAGCUCGUCAUCAAUACUAAGGCACAUUACAAUCAAUUUCGAGCUUUGUCUGGAGAUGUUAAAGAGUUUCCAGUUUAUCGAUACAAAUCAUUAGAUUUAAUUGUAUCAGGGGGCGUGGAGAUACGUGGGCUCAAAGCCAGCGUAAUAUCAAGAAGAAAACCCGCUGGUGAACCUGUUCUCGAAUCGUACCAAUUUAUUGCUCAUCGAGAUCGCGCUGAGAUUUCUCUAAAUGAAGCUACACGCCUAGCAGCUCAUCUCGUUUUGGAAAACAACCUAGGAAUAAAAGUCAAAACUUUAGAAAGUUUGGAUGCGGACGAAAAAUAUUCGGUUGAAGAUUUAUUCACUCCAAUGUUCCAAGAAGCGCUCGAUGACAUUCCUCUUAUUCAACCGGAGUUGAAUAUUCUCACAGAAAAUUCAUUCGAAGAAGGCAAACUGCCUGCCAAUAUAAAUAUCACUGAAAUUAAAAAAUUGACUCCCGAAACCAAUGCUACGAUAUUAUCUGGCCGUUAUCUUUUGACAAAAAAACAUGAGUCGUUGCCACAACUACUAACUGCUGUCAAAAACGAAGGAUUUUUAUUAACCCUAGAACCUAGAGGAAAUAAUACUGAUCUUUUUGAAGUAACGAAGAAAUAUAAUCUUGACAUCAUUUUCGAAAAAGUCGUUGAUGACUCACUUUGCUUACUUUUAAGAAAACAAUCAAAAUCAUCACACAAAAUGGUAAUUGUCAAUGUGAAGAAUGAUUCAUUUGAAUGGUUGAAUGAAUUGAAGUCUGUAUUCAAGGGUGAAAAAGAACAAAACAACAAUCGCAUUGUUUUAGUCAGCGAAAAGAGUUUUGAGAGUGGAUUGCUCGGAUUAGUAACCUGUCUACGUCAGGAACCUGGUGGCGAAAUGAUCCGAGGAGUUUUGAUUCAAGAUGAACAAGCCCCGGAGUUUUCUCCGUCUUUACCACUUUACGCUGAUCAAUUGAAGUUGAAUCUUACCCUGAAUGUUCUACGAGCAAAUAAUACCUGGGGAUCUUAUCGGCACCUCAAAUUAUCAGCAGUGACUCCUCAGCUUGUGUACCACGCUUGGGCAAACCAACUUGUGAGAGGAGACAUGAGUUCGCUCGCGUGGCUUGAAGGCCCAAUAAGACCUAAUUUCAUCCAUCCUGACCUCAUCGAUGUGGUUUAUUCAGCUAUAAACUUCCGUGAUGUGAUGUUUACCAGUGGUAAACUUGCCGCUGAAUUAAUAGCUACUAAUCGAUGGCUCGAGGAGUGCUGUAUUGGUUUUGAGUACAGCGGUGUAGAUCGUUAUGGGAAACGAAUUAUGGGAUUAACGCCCAGUCGAGCGAUUACUAACAAAGCCGUUAUUGAUCGGGAUCUUUCAUGGUAUGUUCCAAAAGGUUGGAGCCUUGAAGACGCCGCGACAGUCCCUUGUGUAUAUGCGACGGCAUAUUACGCAAUGUUUACCAAUGGCAAAAUUAAGAAAAGUGAUAAAGUUUUGAUUCAUUCUGGAACUGGAGGUGUUGGACAAGCGGCUAUCAUGCUCGCACUUCACGUGGGAUGUGAAGUAUUCACCACGGUUGGUACUCCUGAAAAACGUCAAUUUAUGCGAGAUAACUUCCCACAGAUUCCGGAAGAUCAUAUUGGAAAUUCACGGGACACUAGUUUCGAAACAAUGAUCUUGGAAAGAACAAAUGGACGUGGCGUAGAUAUUGUAUUAAAUUCCCUGGCUGAGGAUAAGCUUCAAGCAUCGAUACGGUGUCUAGCAGAAGGCGGAAGAUUCUUAGAAAUUGGAAAGUUUGAUAUGGCAAAUGAUACCCAUAUUGGAAUGGCUGCAUUCGGAAAGGGAAUCAGUUUUUAUGGUAUUUUACUAGAUAAUUUUUUCAAAGCAACUACUGAUGUGAAAAAAAUAUUGAAUGGACUUUUGCAGAAAGGUUUGGAUGAUGGUUAUAUAAAGCCUCUCCCAAGAACCGUUUUCUCCUCAGAUAAGUUGGAAGCUGCAUUUCGAUACAUGGGUGCUGGUAAACAUAUAGGCAAAGUAUUAAUCAAAGUACUGGACGAAAAAAAUUUACUGAAUACCAUUGUGCCGGCUUUGCCUCGUUAUUAUUGCCUAGAGAACCGCAGUUACAUUAUUUUUGGAGGUCUGGGCGGAUUUGGACUGGAGUUGGCUGACUGGCUGGUCCUUCGUGGUGCUCGUAAUCUCGUUCUUACUUCACGUUCUGGUCUGAAAAAUGGUUAUCAAUGCAUGCGAGUACGUUUAUGGAAAUCGUAUGGAGUUAAAGUAGAAAUAGUAGCUGGAAAAAAUCCCGCAAAUCAUCAAGAGUGUGAAGAUAUAUUGAAACUGGCUGAAAAUCUAGCUCCAGUUGAUGGAAUCUUUAAUCUCGCAGUCGUUUUGAAAGACAGUUUGAUUGAGAACCAAACGCCUGAUACUUUCAAGGAAGCUUUCAGACCCAAAGCUCGGACGACUAAAGUCUUGGAUAAAGUUUCAAGAAUUGUCUGCCCAAAACUUCGACACUUUGUUGUCUUUUCAUCAGUCUCUUGUGGGCGUGGUAAUGCUGGGCAAUCGAACUACGGAAUGGCAAACUCUAUAAUGGAGAGAAUCUGCGAGAAGCGAGUCGCUGAAGGCCUUCCAGCUCUGGCGGUCCAAUGGGGAGCUGUUGGAGACGUUGGACUAGUCGCUGAUAUGCAAGAAGACAACAAAGAACUGGUGAUCGGUGGUACUUUGCAACAAAAAAUAACCUCAUGUUUGCAAGAACUGAAUAACUUCCUCAUGCAAAGCAAUCCCAUAGUUUCCAGUAUGGUUGUCGCCGAGAAACGCGCUGGUACUAACGGUCCUCUCAAUGUCGUUGAAACCGUGCUCAAUAUUAUGGGUCUCAAGGACCUGAAAAGUGUCAGCCAACACACAUCUCUCGCAGAACUCGGAAUGGAUUCAAUGAUGGCUGUCGAAAUAAAGCAAUCGUUAGAACGCGAGUUCGACAUAUUCUUAACAGCUCAAGAUAUUCGAAGCCUCAAUUUUGCUAAGUUAAUAGAGAUGAGCUCAAAAGAUCACGGAAAGACCCCAAUAAAUCAGUCUCCCGACAAUACAGAAGUUUUAACAGGUUUAAAAUUGUAUGUUCAAUUAAUGGAAUCGAAAGAAGAGCACUCCGGCGUAGCCGUGAAACUUGAGACUCAAGAAGAAGCCGGAAGAACCCGAAUAUUCUUCAUCCCCGGUAUCGAAGGCCAAGCGGCAGUUUUUUCUAAUCUUGUCAGUAAAAUUAAAUCACCAGCAACCUGUUUACAAUUGAACAACACCAAUCCCGACUAUGUUUCAUUUUAUGAUAUCGCAAAUCAAUUACUACCACAUGUUCUGAAGAACAACGAAGAUCACAAGCAUUUUGUAAUAAUUGGAUACUCAAUUGGAUCUCUCAUUGCUAUUGAAUUGGUAAGAAAACUAGAAGCCAAAGGCUUGACCGGUAAAUUAAUUCUCAUUGACGGAUCUCCUGACUUCACAAAAGCCUUCAAAGAUCAAAUGUUGCCGUCUUCUAGCGAAGAAGAAUUGCAGCAUAGCAUUCUGAUGGGUAUUACAGAGAUGAUAAUGCCCACUCUGGUCAUGAAACAUUUACCAUCUAGUGUUAUUAAACUGCCUCAGGAAGAAGUACGCUGCAUUAUCACUGCAGUCUACAACCGGUUCAUUGCUUUGCAGAAUUACGACAGUUCAAAGCUACCAGCUCUGCGAUCAUCGAUCGUAUUGUUGAAGCCUUCAAUGCCAUCUAUAAAAUUCACCGAAGAGGAUUAUGGUCUCAGCAAAAUUGCUUGUCAAAAAGUAAAAAUACACGUUGUUGAAGGCAAUCACUUGACAAUGUUAAACGAUAAUAAAAUUGCCACGAUACUCAAUGAUGAAACUACUGAAAUUUUAAAACCAAUAUGUAAUCAACAUAAACUCGUUUAA